AUGGCGACGCCUGAUUCUCCGAAAUUAAAAGAAAAGAAUGGUGAAGACCUCAGUCCAAUAUCCAAGGCUAUGGUUGACGCUGCUUCAUUGAUAAAUAAUGGACAAAGUAUUAUCAAUCAAGGCACCAUGAACGAUAAUACAUGUUCAAAGCCAGAGCAGAAUGCCGGCAACGAAGACACUAUGAAUGGUAAUUCUAGUGACGGCAGUGUGGGAAGUGACGAUGGCGUCAUCAAACAAUCGCCAACUAACUGUGAAGGCAGUAUAGCAAAUAAUGGCUUACCUUCUAGUGACACCAACCCCAAGAGCAGAAACCAUGCAAGAAGCAUUAGUGCGCCCAGCAACCACUCAUCAUCUGAGGAGGAUGUUGCAGCUGACAACGUGGUUGGUAGAUCGUUGUCUUUUGUGGUGAGUAUGUUUGAUUAACUUAACAUUGUAUUAGGAUAUUCUUCAAGCGUUUAGAAGUGCAUUAAUGGGUGACUUUAACUGUACUAUAUCAUGCAGUAAAUGGCAAGGUGGGUAGUAGCGAAGUAGUUGUAGUUCGCUACUGUAGCGAACUACAAUUUUCAAGUAGCCAGUAGUUUUUGACUACUUUUUUAAAACAGUAGUUGUUGUUAUAGCGAACUACAUUUUGCCUAAAAGUAGCCAAAUAGUUGCAGUGGCGUGCUGGGUACUAUUUAUCUGGAGGGGCCAGUGGGCUGUCAGCCAAUAUGCGCCCCUAUAAUGUUACACUUGAUAAACGAGGGCCGAAGGCACGAGCCGAGUGCCGCAGGUGCGAGGUUUGUCUAGGGGGGUCCGGGGGCAUGCCCCCAGGAAAAUUUUUGAAUUUAGAGUCUCUGAAAUGCCAUUUCCUGGACUUUGGGGGAAGAUUUGACAGAAAUCUGAUGGUCAGGAAACGGCAUUAUAACGUGUCGAAAUUUGCAAUUUGGUUAGAAUUUAGUUGUAGUACUUAAAUUAUACAAUGCUAACUACUUCCAGCGAUUAAUCUAUUCCCAAUUCUGUUUUCUACUGAUCUACUGUUCUGAGCACAUUUACAACUUAAAGCUCUUUUAUACAAUAACACGCGCACCCCACGUAUAUGCAUUUUAAGGUUCCUUUGCCUGGCUGCCAAAAGGGCAUGUUUCAGCAUUAUUUCAUUACUUACAUUACUCAUGCUUCUUGUGCAAACAACUAAAUUGCGUACACAACUUUACAUCAGUUAUCAUAACUUCAACUAUCUAAUUUGCGCCGCUCUCGUGAUUCGUGAAGCAUAAUAAAGGGCAUAAUAUAAGGGCAUAAUACCAGCAAAAAAAGGGCAUAAUUCCCGUGAUCGCUUCGAUCGAAACCUGACCAAUAUUCCGGUAAUGAGACAUUGCCUGUGAUCACUGAUCAUGUUUCUAUAUGAACGAUUUCGGGUGACUGUGAGCAAAUACGGUUAGGCAAAAUAGUCUGUAAUUUAAUAUACGUCGCCUAUGCGCUUAGUCCGUUUUAUACUGUAGCCUAUAAACACGUCUUUUCUUGGCGGAAGUAACCAUAUUGUUUCGAGAAUGCGUUUGUUCCCACCCACUUUCAAAAUUCGGCGCCCCUUUUUCAUUUUUGCGCCCCCCAAAAAUUGCCAGCUGGGGGGGCCGUGGCCCCCCGGCCCCCCCUGCCAGCACGCCACUGAAUAGUUGACUACUUUUCAACAGCGAAUCGCUAUUCGCUACUUUUUAAAAUUGUUAGCACCCGUUCAUAGAGUAAAAUGAUAUUAAGACACGGUUUGCUUAAAAGAUUAUUUUAUACAGUAAAGAUUAUUUUAGCGCAAUGAAAAGUGGCACUCCUGAACACUGUAGUGCUUACAAAAAUGUUGCUUUGACCCUUUUUGUUUACUGUUGCUACUCGUAAGUCGAUUUGUUAUAGGUGCAUGAUAUUACAGCCCGAGCUAGUGGAUGCUCCAAAUACCAUAAAACUAAAAAAUAUAGAGUAGCGAAAUAGCGAAAUAGUUCGCUACAUUUUUUAAGCAGUAGCUGUAGUCAGUAGCGAACUACCUUUGUUCAAAAGUAGCAGUAGUUGUAGCUGACUACAUAUUUUUGAAGUAGCUGUAGUUAUAGCGAACUACAAAAAUUUUGUAGUCAACCCACCUUUGGUAAAUGGCGGUCUAGCAGUUUGAGGUCAGGGCAUUAAGUUACUGAGACUCCGAAAAGGGCCUUUGCUUAAAACGUUGAAGUGCUUUUAACCUGUUCAUGUAGUUCAGACACAAACCACAGCAGCUUAUUGUAGAACACUACCUACACUGGAUCACAACAUUUGAGAUAUCUUUUACAGGUAGUUCAGAAACAAACCACGGCAGUUUAUUGUAGAAUGAUUACCUACACUGGACCCUGAUGUUUGAGUUAUUUUUUUCUGGUAGUUCAGAAACAAACCACGACAGCUUACUAGAAUACUACGUAUACACUGGAUUACCACAUUUGAGUUAUAUUUUAAUUUUCAGGUAGUUCAGACACAAACCACGGCAGCACAUUGCAAAAUACUAGUUUACUACCUACGCUGGACCUCCACGUUUGAGAUAUCUCUGUCAGGUAGUUCGGAAACGAACCACGGUAGCUUAUUGUAGAACAUUACCUACACUGGACGCUGCAGACGUUUGAGAUAUCUUUUUCGGGUAGUUCAGACACACACCACGGCAGCUUAAUAGAAUACUAUCUACACAGGAUCAUUACGUUUGAGAUAUCUUUUUUCAGGUAAUUCAGACACACCAUGACAGCUUAUUGUAGAACACUACCUAUACACUGGAUCACCACGUUUGAGAUAUCAUUUUUCAGGUAGUUUAGACCCAAACCACGGCAGCUUAUUGUAGAAUACUACAUUGGAUCACCACGUUUGAGAUCUUUUUCGGGUAUAGUUCAGAUGCAAUCACCACGGCAGAUUAUUGUAGAAUCAUACUGUCUACAAUGGACCAGUACGUUUGAGUCAUCUCUAUGAAUCAUCGAGUUAGUAAACUAACAGGCCCGCUACUGUAACAAGUCAUUGCCUAUUUUGUGCCUCUUGGUGGGCCAUCUGACUUGUAUUAUUUUAUGAUUUGUACUCACAGCGCGCUUUAGGUGAAUGAUCUAGACAACGCGUGUCCUUUUCCAACAUAAACGAGAAACUGUUAGAACCUCUUCUAAUAUGUCACCAAUAUACCACAGUAGAUUCGUGCUGAUCCCAUCAAUGUGAUCGCCAUUGGCUCUUAGUCUUAGUCCUAUCCAGCUGUAGUUUUUAUUUAGAUCAGUUUUUGUUCUACUUCAGGAUGGUCGAGACGACGAGAUACAGCCGUCCAGAAAAGUACAACUGUUCAGUUGUAAUCAACAACCCGGCAGUGGAGGCGGGUUUUUGAAGAUGGUGGAACAUCGUGGUGGAUUAAAAGUCACUACAACAGGAGUUCAAAACGAUCCACACAGUAAUUAUUCAGACCUAUUAAUUAGUGCUUAG